GAAAAUCCCACGAUUGCUAAGAUUCAGGUGAGAAAUCGCGACGUCGACUCGGUUAACGUGAACUCCGCCGACUGCGGUUACAACACGAUCCCCAAAGAGGCUUUUAAGGACUACCGGGAACUGUACAUGCGAUCGAACGUGAAGAAAAGCGAUACGUUUAAGAUCGUAGACGGAAGCGAAGACCAUGAAGGGGCCGGCGAUCGAAGCGAUUCGAAGGGAGAGCGCGACGAGGGAUCGCUUGAUAGCUUCGCGUGCACGAACGGCGGGGGUUUGCUGACGAAUAAAUCGAACGAGGACAUUGCCAGGGAUUAUUUCAAUCGAGUCUACGAGCUGCUGAAAAAAAGGCAGGAGGAAGCCAGGAGGAUUCAGGAGGGGCUGAAGGUACCUGGGCGCGAGGACUCGUCGUCUUCUAAUUGCGCGGAGAUAGUGCAGAGACGGAGGCUUCGGCGCAGGCGAAAGGAACGAACCCCGCAAGGCGAGGAAGUCGUAACCGUGAAUCCCACGAGCGGCGGCCAGGAUAGCUGGAAAGUGCAGACACUUUCGUUGAGCACCGAAUCGCCAGGCAAUCGUCGCCGUGGCUGCCGUCCUCAGCUUCAGGCGGCACCUGCUGGCAAACGUACACGACCGGCUCCACCGCCUCCGCCCCCGAUAUCCAGCAAGGUCAAUGCCAAGGACAUCAACAAGUACUUUGACUGGCCGAACAAGGAGAACACACCAGGAAAUGCCGUGAACUCUGGCGAAGUAGCGAACCAGGCUCAACCGGAAACGGAACCGGCGACCAUGGGCUCGAAUCUGAGCAGGCACAGCGGGAAGGGCCUGACUGGCCGUAGAACCCAGUCCUCCGGGAACCUGUGCGAUCCAAAAGGCAAACUGAACAGCAUGGGCAAAAUCUUGGUGCCCUGCUCCAGCGCGCAGAGGGAAAGAUACAAAUUCUGUGGCUCGUUGCCCAAUCAUCUCGACGACAAGGACGUGCUAGACGACGAUCCGAAAGAAAAUAAUAAUAUAAUGACUGAUACUAUGACCGGGAAUCUCGGUGGAACAUUGCCACAUAAAAAACGAUCGUUGGGCGUCCACUUCUCGGACGGAGGACCAACUGGAGCCUUGGAUCUCGUAAAACAUCGAUCGCAAGAUUCCAUAGACGAAAAUGAUCCUUGGAGAUAUCAGCAAAGCGACCUUGACCUGGUAAGGUGUCGCCACGGGAACUUCGACUCCGUGAGACGAAAUCGUAGCACCGACGCGGUUUCCAGCGAUACGUCGAGAAGAUACGCCCGGGGCUCGUCCGUGGAGGACAGAUGUCAUCGAAAUUCGGAUCUUGACCUGGUGGGCACGUUGCCGAAACGAAAGCAGGACACCAGAAACAGUGGAAAUACGGCGGAUAUCAACUCCUCGUCCUCCCAACCCUCUAUUCCCGACGGGACCGACGGCGAUUUGCUGAUGCAGAUCGUCCACAAACCCGAUUGCGAGCUGGUCAGGCAUCGGCAACAACUUAACAAAUGUAUCGAUCUUAAAUUGAGCAAACUGGCCGGCGGAGAACCGCAGGAUCAAGGUUACGCAUCGGAACGCUCCCCAGAAGACGAGCAUCCGCCUUCGUUACCCGGACAACCGUUCCCGAAUAUCACGCCUGAGAGUACGUUCCGAGUAACCUUGCAGAAAAGCAGCCGAGGACUCGGUUUGAGCGUUUCCGGUGGUGGAACCGCUGGACCAGUUAGAGUGAAAAGACUGUUUCCUCAGCAACCCGCGGCCUUGUCCAACAAACUUCAACCUGGUGAUAUUCUUCUUGCAGCUAACGGUAUUCCAUUAACCGGCCUGACUAAUUAUGAGGCCCUCGAAGUUCUACGAACAACGCCCAGCACCGUCGAGUUAGUGGUGUGUCGGCUUCCGGGUGAUACGAAUGUCACACCACCCGGUGCACCGCCGCCGCCCCCGACACGCCGUGAACCGCCGCCGCCAUUGCGAAUACUCAACCCCCUGCCGCCACUUCAAAUCGAGCCCUGCGGCGAAUUCGACAUAGAGAUGACGAAGGUCGGUGGUAGUUUGGGUUUCACUUUGAGGAAAGCGGACAGCAGCGCGUUGGGUCAUUACGUGAGGGCAUUAGUACGAGAGCCGGCAUUAAGCGACGGUCGGAUCCGACCUGGGGACAAAAUUGUCGCCGUUGACGGUGCACCAUUGUCCCCCAUGAGCCACGAAGAGGCCGUUCAAUUGCUCCGACAAUGUGGACCCACAGUGAGGCUUCGAUUGUACAGGGAUCUGGCGCAAACUCCUGUCUCCGCGUUGUCACCCACUGAACCUGAUCACCCUCUCCGUCCACCACGAACAAGUUUGAGACAGAGUAAUAUUGACUUAGACUGUAAUAUAACAAUUUGAAAGUUAAAUUCGGAAAUAUUCUUGCAGACAAGAAGCAGUAGACAUGCUAGCGGUUCAAGUUGCAAGCAGUCCCCCGGAGCGUCUUGCAAUUCCCCAAGAAGACUUCGUCGUCUUGCCACUCGUACCCCUACCGAAAAUGAAGAAGAUCUGGAGAAGCAUUCGAGCGUGCACACGAUGUCGACGGCCAGCCAGGCGGAGACAUCCGAUUCCGACCAGUGCUCGAUCAGGACGCAGAUAACGAAUUCCCAACCGAACACACCUGGAACCGACAUAAUCGAUCCGCCACCGCUCUAUGACGUUUGCGAUUCCAGCAAUUCCUCGAUGGCACCGGCCCGGCCGAGUUUCCUCGACUUAACGGCGCCCCAGGGGAAGCCUCAUUUUCAAUUCUGCAGCCUGGACUCCGAUCUCGAGUAUCCAGGAGGUGACGGGAUUGUCGCCCAGGAGGAGGGGCAUGAGGAAGAGCAAGCCGCGAGAAUGGAUGCCGAUUACGAGAGGCGAGAGACGAUCGUCUUGUCCAGCCAGGAGCACGACAACGAUCUACCGUCGGAGCCGGCCUCGAUGCCGCCCGUGCUUUCGUCGACGAGCACCUUGAGCACAGCUGCAUUCAGUUAUAAGAACCCGGCUUAUCAGAGCGCCAAUCCAGCUUGCGGCGCCGGUAUCGACAACGCGACGAAAACUAAGGUUACCCACUCCAGCGAUCAGGACAUACCAGGAAAAAUCUUGGGGGCAGAGGAUCCCGGUGGUAGCAAGGGUUUAUUGAAGUGGAAAGGCGUGAUGUUCGCUCCGGAUGAUGGAAUAGAUAAAGCUGAGAACGAAGAGGAGACGGUCGGGAAAGACACCACGGACUCAGCUGUCCCCAGCGAAGAACUUGAACAAGGAACUGAGGUGUUCAUGGUAGAGCUGACACGUGGGUGGAAUAGCCGACUAGGAUUCAGCUUGCAACCGGAAGGAAAUCAUACAGUUAUAUCGGUCGUGCAUCCCGACAGUGUCGCUGCUAAAGAUGGAAGGCUGAAACAAGGAGAUGUGCUCUUGAUGGUGAACGACGAGAGCGUGAAAGACAUGUCGACGGCGGACAUAAUAGAUCUGUUACGUAAAAUCCGUGGAUCCAUCGGUAUCACGGUCAUGAGACGAAGCAAACGGGAGAAUGUAACGUGACGCUAGUCAGGUGUAUAAUAGAAGAACUCACUAAAGAAAGAAAAAACUUUCGCGUCCGUCAUUGCAGUGCGUUUUUCACUUUAAAUCGAUUCACUGACAAAAUGUCGCGCGAGGGCAAAUCCUUUGCUCUUUAUUUCGUUCGUCGAAAGAAUAAUUUAUGAACGAAGACAACUUCUAUUAUAAAUUACACAGUCGACGUGUCGUCUGGCCGCAAUAAACGAUUUCGUGUGAAUAGAUCUGUGAACAGAAUCUGUGAAGUUCGAAGCCUUACACGCGCUGCGAUGAUUUAGUCACUUAUAAUGAGCAUCCUCCAUAAAUUCUCGUUUAGGCAACUUUUCAAGUGACAUACAACUUCCUUAAUUAGCGCAUAAUCGAGUGCAGUUGAAAGCUUCAUUCGUCUUAACACUCCACGGAAUAUACAAUCUAAGCAUUAUAUAUUUCGAAAUACACUAUUAAUAUAGCCGAAUUAAUGUCCAGCGUGUUUUAACGAACAUUCUUCGAGACGAACAGCUUGGAUUUCGGUGA